AUGAGCUACCGGCCGCCUCCCCCAGACGAGGAGUACCUCCUCCCCAAUGAGCAGCUGCAGAACCAUCCAAACCACUCGCAGACAUCGCUCGUGGCUCCAUUACCCCUGUAUCAUGAUCAGGGGCUGAGACGACCGCUGUACCACGACGACGAGGAGUACUACGGGCAGAACCAGCAACCGCACUCGGUGUUUGCCAGUGGCUACGACGGCGACCACCUGGCAUCGCAAACCAACUUAUAUCAUCUGGAAUAUAAUCCCAGUGUCCCCUAUGACCAGCUGUUCACACAAGCGCCGACUCAGCACCUGUUUGCAACGCUGUACCAGCCACUGUACCCUACUCCUCCUCCACCGCCAUCCCAGCCUCAGCCCAGUGGGUACACCUCCCACCUCCCCCCGCCACCGCUGUAUCCUCCGAUGAAGGAUAGCAUCGAGUACGAGGAGUACGAGAUGCUGGAUCCGUACUCCCACACCCAGUACCAGCCGCAAUACUAUAAUCAGCCUCUCUUCACUGCCCCUCCAGCUGACGAUGAAGACCGCGAGUGGGACCAGAAUAUUGCCUACGGUGAUAUCGAGGGGGAUAACUUCCAACUCACCACAGCAUUACCUGAACGAGAAGCGGUUCGGGGAAACGACAGCGACGAUGACAACCCCUUUGAAUCGGAUAAAGUGGUCACGCUGGGGGUCAACGGGCACUUGGUGCUUGACUGUCCCGUGGCUACGGAAUUGUUAUCGAAGUAUCCUGGUUACCAGCCCGAUAAAGAACAGGGAGGUUUACUGCGAGAGUUCGCCUACAUGCGGUACACUGCCGUCACCUGUGGCCCGUCUAACUUUUUCCGCAACGGGUUCAUUCUCCGUGGUAUCCACUGUACCGUGCCUCGGCUGACGGAACUCAUGGUGGUGAUCACCAUGUACAACGAAGACGACAUUCUUCUCGCCCGUACCCUCAAGGGUGUGUUUAAGAACAUUAAGUACCUUAUGCUGAAGUCACGGCUGAGCACCUGGGGUGCCGACGCUUGGAAGAAAGUGGUGGUGUGCAUUGUUUCCGAUGGUCGCUCAAAGAUCAACCCCAGAGCCCAGGCGUUGCUCGCGGCGUUGGGGGUUUACCAAGACGGCUUGGCCCGAUCGCAAGUCAAUGACAAGAAAGUGCAGGCACAUGUCUACGAAUACACUACCAGAGUGGGCAUCUCUCUGGUCGAGGACACCGUCAAGUUGACCACCGACAAGACCGUCCCCGUCCAGUUGUUAUUCUGCUUAAAGGAAAAGAAUGCCAAAAAAAUUAACUCCCACCGGUGGUGCUUCCAAGGGCUCGCGAGAGUGCUCGACCCCAAGGUGGUGGUGUUGCUCGAUGCCGGUACUCAGCCUCUGGGUAAGUCGCUUUAUCACUUGUGGAAAGAAUUUGACCGUGACCCCCGUGUCGCCGGGGCUUGUGGUGAGAUUAAAGCUAAGCUUCAAGGCCGCCAGAUCCUUACAAACCCCCUCGUCUACGCGCAGAACUUCGAGUACAAGAUGCUGAAUAUUUUGGACAAGCCCACCGAGCUGGACUUCGGCUUCAUUUCGGUGUUGCCUGGGGCGUUCUCUGCCUAUAGAACCGUUGCUCUUCAAAACGAUGUCAACGGCCAGGGCCCGUUGGAGAAGUACUUCAAAGGUGAGUUCAUGCACACGUCCCUGACCGACUUGGAUCCUGAUGACGACGAGUACGAGUUGAAGAAAACGUUGAUGGCUCAUGAAGCCGGGAUCUUUACCUCCAACAUGUACUUAGCAGAGGACCGGAUUUUAUGUUUCGAGUUGGUGGCAAAGCGCGGGUGCUCAUGGUUGUUACGUUACGUGCGUCUGGCACUGGCGGAAACCGAUGUUCCCGAACAUCUUGCUGAGUUCGUUUUGCAAAGACGGAGAUGGCUUAAUGGGUCGUUUUUCGCUGCUAUCUACUCGUUGGUCCACUUCCCCAAAAUCUGGACCCUGUCGCAUUCAUUCGGCCGCAAACUUAUGUUCCACGUGGAGUUCUUCUAUCAAUUCAUCAAUUUGGUAUUGUCUUGGUUCAGCAUCGGUCUGUACUUUUUGGUCUUUCGCAUAUUGACGAUCGGUUUGACUGAUCCUGCUAUGAACUUCCCUCCUGGUAAAGUGCUUGCAUUGGUGUUUCUAUGGUUGUAUGUCGCAUCGAUUGUGACGACGUUUGUGCUUUCAUUUGGCAACAAGCCCACGGGGACUCAGCGUUUUUACGUGGUUAUCGUGCUCUUUUUUGCCGUCGUAAUGAUUUAUAUGAUGCUUGCUGCCAUCUGGAUGGCGGUCAAGACAAUCACCAAUAUCAUCAAUGACCCGCUGAAGAGUUCGGCAGCAGCGUUGUUUCUGGAUCCCAACUUCCGCGACUUGAUUGUUGCUACUGGUCUGACGUACGUGCUUUACUUCGUCGCCCUGUUUAUGUACUUGGAACCCUGGCACAUGUUUACUUCGUUCCUUCAAUACCUUUUGUUGUCGCCUUCAUACGUCAAUGUGUUAAACAUUUACGCUUUCUGUAACAUUGAUGAUGUCUCGUGGGGUACCAAAGGUGACACGGGGGCGCAAGAUCUUGGUACCGCCAAGGCGAAGGAGGAUGGUACCUUUUCGGUGUCCAUUCCUGUGUCCACCGAAGAGAUCAACAAGCUGUACCUCAAGGAGCUUGACAAGAUCAAGACUCCCGAGCCCGCAGAGAAGGAGAAGAAGCCUGUUUCUAAUGAAGACUAUUACAAAUACGUGCGUUCGAUGACAGUGUUGGUAUGGAUGCUUACAAAUUUCGUCAUCAUCGCCGUGGUGUUGGAAACUGGUGGCUUGAGCGAUUUCGUUGAGGAAGAUGACACGGACAAUAAAACUAAGAGGCUGAAAAUCUUUUUAACGGUCAUUCUUUGGAUUGUGUGCUUUACGGCUCUCUUCAGAUUCAUUGGUUGCAUUUGGUAUUUGUUUCUGCGCAUGUUCAAACGGAAGAGAACAACUUAA